UAGGGUAGUAGGGUAGCCGGGGUGGGUUGGUGACCACGUUCUGUCCUUUUUUCCUUCUUCUUCUUCUUCUUCUUCUUCUUCUUUUUUCCCUUGGGUCUUCUUUCUUCUUCACUUGUUUCAUUAUUGUUUUUGAGGGUACAUGCUUGAUGUCCCAUGCUUAUUGUUACUGAUCAAUUGGAUCCCGAAUCUGGAUUCAGUGAAUUAGUUAUACAUUCCGUGUAUAAGCGAGUUCGUACUCGACUUCAAUUUGCGGAACUUUUGACUCGGACGCAUCGCGCUGGCUGCUGGGGUUGUUUGGCUGUGCUGCUGCUGCUGCUGCUGCUGCUGCUGCACUGUCGCUGCUGGCUGCGACUCGCUGCCUUAUAUUGUCGGCAGUGCUGUGCUGUGCUGUGCUGUGCUUGGAGAGGGGUGAGGGUGUGUGAGGUGUACUGUACACCCAUCCAUCAACAUCAUCUGCGGGGCUGCGGCUUGGGCUUGGGCUUGGGCUUGGGAGCGUGGACAGGCGUAUUGGGGAGAGGGGAAAGGCGUUGCAGGUGUUUUUACCAUCAAUGCUUGCUCUUGCCCCCUUCUUCUGUUCACGAGAUUGUGAAGCUCGCUAUCCGGAGACGAUCUGGGGUACUUACGACUAGCAACAGCUCAGCUUUGAGGGGUGAGGGUUGUAGUCUGUGGUUACUUACCCACUUGCUUGGUGUAUAUCGCACGGUGUUACAUACCACGACUACCCUAAAACAAACUCGAAGUCGCCCUCUUCCUCGCCGCCACGCAAGGCUACGACACCAUCGUCACCCUCCUGCUGGGCACCCCAGGCGUCAAACUCGAGAGCCGUGACGAGCUCGGCCGCACCCCGUUCUUCUGGGCCGCCGCGCACGGCCACGACAAGGUCCUGCAACUCCUGCUGGGCACGGGGGCUGUCGACCCCAAUGUGCGCGAGACGGCCCGCGGCGGGCUGUCGGCGCUGAGCGCCGCGGUCGAGGGCGGGCACGCGGCCGUCGUGACCCGGUUGCUCGGGGUCGGGGUUGACGUGCAACCGGCGGAUGGGCAGGGGAAGACGGCGUUGAUGUAUGCCGUCGGGAGUAUUGAAGAUCCCGGGGUUCGUCUGGCGAUUGUCACCGCGCUGGUGGGGGCCAAGGCGGAAGUGAAUGUUCGGGAUGAGGCGGGGAGGGUGCCG